UGGGCGGAUCCAGUUCCCUCCGCCGCGGACUCUGCAGGGCUCGCGCUGCCAACUAGGGGACCUCGAAAUUUACUCAGCUGAACUGCCUGGGUUGGAGGGGAGAUCGGGAGAUCUUUUUGUCCGCCGCCAUCCAGUACCACCGUCUUCGAGGGGAAAGCAAUGCUCCGGGGAGCGCAGAGGCUGCUCUCCGGAAAACUGCGAGCUGGAGAGCCUGGCCUUUCCGUACCUUCCUCUCGACCUUUUGCUUGCAGCCCGACCACUGACAGGUGGGAACAAAAGCCAUCUUCUGUAGAAGCAAAAUGGAAAGAUGCAGCAGAAACUGUAAUUAUUGGAGGUGGGUGUGUUGGUGUCAGUCUUGCCUAUCACUUGGCCAAGGCUGGCAUGAAGGAUGUACUUUUGUUGGAAAAAUCUGAGCUCACUGCUGGAUCUACUUGGCAUGCAGCAGGUUUGACAACGUAUUUUCAUCCUGGAAUAAAUCUGAAGAAAAUCCAUCAUUACAGCAUCAAGCUUUAUGAAAAAUUAGAGGAGGAGACUGGGCAGGCUGUGGGGUUUCAUUGCCCAGGAAGUGUUAGAAUUGCAUCAACUCCAACAAGAGUGGAUGAAUUUAAAUACCAAAUGACUCGAGCAGGCUGGCACUCCACAGAGCAAUAUCUUAUUGAUCCAGAAAAAGUGCAAGAAUUAUUUCCUUUAUUAAACAUGGAGAAGGUUUUAGCUGGUCUGUACAAUCCUGGAGAUGGUCAUAUAGAUCCUUAUUCUCUUACUAUGGCCUUGGCUGCAGGAGCCAGGAAAUAUGGAGCACAGUUAAAUUAUCCAGUUCAAGUAACUAAUUUAAAAUCUAGACUAGAUGGAACAUGGGAAGUUGAAACUCCACAUGGAAUAAUUAAAACAAACAGAAUUGUGAAUACAGCUGGUUUCUGGGCUCGUGAAAUAGGUAGAAUGAUUGGCUUGCAUCAUCCACUCAUACCAGUUCAUCACCAAUAUAUUGUUACUGGAACUAUCCCUGAAGUGAAAGUCCUAAAAAAGGAAUUGGCUGUUCUUCGUGAUUUAGAAGGUUCAUAUUAUUUAAGACAGGAAAGAGAUGGGCUUUUAUUAGGCCCAUAUGAAAGUCAAGAAAAAAUGAAACUACAGAAAUCUUGGGUGGAACAUGGAGUCCCACCAGGUUUUGGAAAGGAGCUUUUUGAAUCUGAUUUGGAUCGAAUAAUUGACCACAUUGAGGCUGCUAUGGAAAUGAUCCCUGUCCUGAGAGAAGCAGAUAUUAUCAAUACAGUUGCAGGCCCUAUAACAUAUUCUCCAGAUAUUUUGCCAAUGGUGGGACCACAUCAGAGCGUUCAUAAUUACUGGGUGGCCAUUGGUUUUGGGUAUGGAAUCAUCCAUGCUGGUGGUAUAGGGAAGUAUCUCAGUGACUGGAUACUCAGUGGAGAGCCUCCUUUUGACCUAAUAGAAGUAGAUCCAAAUAGGUAUGGAAGGUGGACAACCACAAAAUACACAGAAGCAAAAGCAAGAGAAUCUUAUGGAUUCAAUAAUAUUAUUGUGUUUCCUAAAGAAGAAAGGUUUGCUGGGAGACCUACAGAAAGAGUCAGUGGGCUUUAUGAAAUCCUUAAGUCUAAAUGCUCCAUGGGAUUUCAUGCAGGCUGGGAACAACCUCAUUGGUUCUACAAACAUGGUGAUGAAAUUGGAUACAAACCUAGUUUUCAACGUACAAACUGGUUUGAACCUGUAGGUCGGGAAUACAAACAAGUGAUGGAAAAAGUGGGUGUGAUUGACCUCACUCCUUUUGGCAAGUUUAGCAUCAAAGGCAGUGAUUCAGUUAAACUUUUGGAUCAUCUGUUUGCAAAUGUGGUCCCAAAGAUGGGUUUCACAAAUAUAAGUCAUAUGUUAACCCCAAAAGGCAAAGUCUAUGCUGAACUCACAGUCUCUCAUCUGAAUCCAGGGGAAUUUUUAUUAAUUACUGGUUCUGGAUCAGAGCUUCAUGACUUGAGAUGGAUUGAAGAGGAGGCGCUUAGAGGACAAUAUAAUGUUGAUAUCAAAAAUAUUACAGAUGAAAUUGGAGUAUUGGGUGUAGCAGGUCCAUAUGCACGGAAAGUUCUCCAGAAGCUAACAUCUGAAGAUCUUAGUGAUGCUGCAUUUAGUUUUCUGCAGUCCAAGCAUUUAAACAUUGUUAACAUUCCUGUUACAGCAAUUAGAAUAUCUUACACGGGUGAACUAGGGUGGGAACUGUACCACAGACGAGAAGAUACUGUAGCUUUAUAUUCUACAAUCAUGGAAGCUGGCUGUGAAGAAGGAAUUGACAACUUUGGAACUUAUGCGAUGAACACAUUACGGCUAGAAAAGGCUUUUCGUGCUUGGGGAGCAGAGAUGAAUUGUGACACCAAUCCUCUGGAAGCUGGACUGAAAUAUUUUAUCAAAUUAAAUAAGCCAGCAGACUUCAUAGGAAAGAAAGCACUGAAGCAGAUUAAACAAAAGGGGCUUGAACGACAACUUGUGUGUGUCACUUUGAAAACAGAUGAUGUUGAUCCUGAGGGAAAUGAAAGUGUCUGGUAUAAUAACAAGGUUAUUGGCAACACCACAUCUGGAUGUUACAGCUAUAGUACUCAGCGAAGUCUGGCUUUUGCAUAUGUUCCUGUGGAACUCAGCAAAGUUGGACAGAAACUGGAGGUUGAGCUGCUAGACAAAAAUUAUCCAGCAACUGUUAUUCAAGAACCACUGGUAAUGACUGAACCAACAAGAACACGGCUUCAAAAGAAAGGCGGAAGUUCUAAAAUAUAAAUAAAGGAUCACAUAAUUCUUCAUGAUUGACAAUUAAGAUGGGAUUAACUUGAUUAGAAAUAUUGCUAUAUUUGAAAUUCCAUGUGAUUUGAAUCAUAUAAGAUAGAAAACAUGAAAGUUCAUUUGAAAGGGCUUGUCUGGAGUAAAAAGACAUUGAUGAUUUGUAUUUCAUCUGGGGGGAAAAUGUAACAACAAUAAUUUAUCCACAAAGAAAUAUUCAAGAGAAAAAUCCAUGUGUACACACUUUGAGACAUUCAGUAGUGAUUAGGAGGCUCCUCCAGACAUUAAGAACACUGAUUUUAUCUAUAGGUCUAUAUCCAAAUUACCUUAAUUGUGUUAAGUGAUUGAUUAUGUGCCAGUAACAUAAUAGCCCAUCUCUAAAUAACUGGUGAGUGAUUCUGAUCUAAGGUGGAAAUUACUGUCCAUUGAUACCUUUAAAAAUCAAGGGAAAAAGGAAGAGAAUACAACUUGCAAAACUAUACAGUAAAAAGAAAACAAGGUGUUUGCAAAGCUGCUGUAUUUUUAUUGCUGGAACAAAAGAUCAGGUUACACAACUUCCUUUCCACAAUAACAAACAUAAAAAUUCAACCUUUUGUGUGCUUCUAGAAGUGAUAGAAGUAGGAUAAUGAAGAAGCCAGUUUCUGGCUUUCUUACCUGUAGUUUUGAAAACGCUUCAAAAGUGCUUCCAUCUGCAACCUGAACAUUAAGAGGGUGAUCAACUCCUAAUAAGACUUUUUUUAAGAUAACAAAAUAGCAUGGCAGUGGGCUUUAUUGCUUAUAUUCACACUAGGAAUGUUUUACAUUAGCAGAGAAUGUUGCACUAAAAGUAAUAGAACUACUACAGAAAGAAAAAGCCCUUUUCUGAGCAACAAAAUAUUGUGGUUUGAGUGUUGAGAAAAUGUGAAUACUGACAUCUGGAUGUACCACAAAAAUGGGUAACAAAUGCAUAUCAAAUAAAUUUAAGCAUAAUUUUUCAUUUAUGCUCUGCUCCUGUGAAGCACCUGAAUCAGGUUAAAAUGUAAAUCACAUUUACACAAUUUUACACAUUUUGUAAACUGUAUAAAUACACAAAUGUGUAAAUACACAUUUACACAAUAUAUUUGAUUCAAUCUGAAAAGGCAAUUUCAGUAAAAUUUUGUGAAGCAGAAAAUUAUGUGUGAACAUUGAGAAUAUUCUAUUAGGACUACAGUAGUCCUUGGUUAAUUACAGCAAUUGGGACUGGAAUUUCCAUCGCUAAGCAAUGUGGUCAUAAAAUGUGACAUCACAUGGCCGUGCCACUUAGUGAUGGCAGUUCUGGCACUUCUGGUUGCUGUUAAGCAAAUCCUGCAACGUUAAGUGUAACAUCACAUGGGUGCCAUUUGCAACUUCCUGCCAGCUUCCCCAUUGACUUUGCUUGUGGGAAGCCAGCAGUGAAGGUCGCAAAUGGUGAUCACGUGACCCCAGGAUACUGUGAUGUAAUUGCGAGCCAGUCACCAAGCACUCAGAUUCCAAUGUUACUGCAGGGAUGCUGCGACAGCUGCAACUUUGAGGACCAGUUGUAAGUAUCACUCAUUCAGCACUGUUGUAAGUUUGAAUGAUCACUGAACAAGUGGUUGUUAAGCAAGGACCACCUGUAUAUCUAUUGAUUUGUGCUUAGCCAACAUAUCGUCAAUGAAAGGGCUCUUCCAAGAAGACUAUGGGCACUUAACACCUUCAUGAUCUUGCCUGUUUCCUUUAUCUCUCUUUAAAUUUCACACAUUAUCCUUGAGUCUUUUGCUCUAUGGAGUUUCCUGUACUGUAUUGUUCCUGCUUUCUUCCUGUGCCCUGAUAACUGGUAUCUUCUUCAUUGCCCUCUGAUCCUUUCCAGGUAUAAUCUCAUAAAAGGUUGAAUUUUUAUCUGUUUGAUAUUGUGGAAAGGAAGUUGUGUAACCUGAUCCCUGCAUCAAGGUUUAUAAUUUAGAAAGUUAACCUUAUACAAGGCUUCCUACUCCUUUUUAAAAAGAGCAGAUGUAUUUUGUAGGAUACCUUCUUUGGCUUACGUAGUAUGAAAUAUUUUGCUGCUGUUUUCCUUUGAAUGUCUAUAUAAUUGAUCUAAUAAAUGUAUCGCGUAACCUAUUUCUAAAUUUGUUAUGGUACUAAACAAUUCUGUUCUCUCUGAACAUAGUUGGGAGAAUGCUUAAGAUAGCAAAAAAGAAGGUUAAAUGCAUACGUAACGCAGGAUUAUUACAAGAUAGGGCCCACGAGUUGUGCUGUCAACAAAUAAAACUACUUUUUACAGGUGAAAACCAGCUAUUGAUGUCAAGUACCAGACAGAACUACCACCCUUUUAUUAUAUAUAAUAAUUUUUUAAAAAACAGAAAAUGAUGAGGCAUUGUAAGCAUACAUGCAGUUGGAUUCUACAACUCAAAUGUAUCUUUAGUCUAAUUCAGCAUGACUAUUUUUAUUUUUUCCUAUUUCCUAGUUGUCCAAGAAA